CCCAGGGCGGCGCGGCCGGAGUGGGCGGGGGUCCCGAUGCAGGCCCGAGGGGGGCCAUGGGGCAGGUCCUGCCGGUCUUCGCCCACUGCAAAGAAGCUCCGUCUACAGCCUCGUCGACCCCGGACUCCACGGAAGGAGGGAAGGACGACUCGGAUUUCCGCGAGCUGCACACAGCCCGGGAGUUCUCGGAAGACGACGAGGAGGAGACCACUUCGCAGGACUGGGGCACCCCCCGGGAGCUGACCUUUUCCUACAUCGCCUUCGACGGCGCCGUGGGCUCCGGGGGCCGCAGGGACUCCGCUGCCCGCCGCCCCCGGCCCCAGGGCCGCUCCGUCUCGGAACCGCGAGACCCGCCCCCUCAGCCGGACCUGGGCGACAGCCUGGAAAGCAUUCCCAGCCUCAGCCAGUCCCCGGAGCCCGGACGCCGCGCGGACCCCGGCCCUGCGCCCCCCGCCCACCACCCGCUGGAGGACCUGAGGCUCCGGCUGGACCAGCUGGGCUGGGCUGCACGGGGAGCGGGAUCCGGGGAGGACUCCGCCACCAGCAGCUCCACCCCGCUGGAAGACGAGGAACCCGACGGCUUGGAGGCGGGAGGACCAGAGGCAGAACUGUACCCGCGACUCGGACUGGCUCAGCCCUCGCCGCCGAAAGUCUUGACCCCUCAGCCCAGCCCGGGCCCUGGGACUCCCCAGGCCGGUACCCCGUCUCCACCCCGAUCCCAAGAUUCGAACUCUGGGCCUGAUGAGCCCUCGCUGGCCGAGGAGGAAGAGCCGAGGGGGCGACUGGAGCGGGAGCCAAUCACAGCACAGUGCCUCGAUAGCACGGACCAAUCACAGUUCACUUUGGAGCCACACCUUCUCGUGGCGGACCUGUUGUACUGGAAGGACACGAGGACGUCGGGCGUGGUCUUCACGGGCCUCAUGGUCUCCCUCCUCUGCCUCCUGCACUUUAGCGUCGUGUCCGUGGCCGCCCACGGGGCUCUGCUCCUGCUCUGUGGCACCAUCUCUCUCAGGGUUUAUCGCAGAGUGCUGCAGGCGGUCCACCGCGGCGACGGAGCCAACCCCUUCCAGGCCUACCUGGAUGUGGACCUGACCCUGACUCGGGAGCAGACCGAGCGUCUGUCCCAGCAGAUCGCCUCCCACGUGGUCUCCACGGCCACGCAGCUGCGGCAUUUCUUCCUGGUCGAAGACCUAGUGGAUUCCCUCAAGCUGGCCCUCCUCUGCUACAUCCUGACCUUCGUGGGCGCCGUCUUCAAUGGUUUAACUCUUCUCAUUCUGGGAGUGAUCGCUUUGUUCACCGCGCCCCUGCUCUACCGGCAGCACCAGGCCCAGAUUGACCAGUACGUGGGGCUGGUGACCAAUCAGUUGAGCAACAUCAAAGCUAAGAUCCGAGCUAAGAUCCCAGGGACCGGAGCCUUCGCCUCAGCAGCCGCCGCAGUCUCCGGAUCCAAAGCCAAAGCCGAAUGAGAGAGGUGUCUCUGCGCGCGGGACGCCUGCCCCCAUCCCCAGAGCAGCCCUCGGCCCCUUCCAUCUCCAUCCUCACCCCUUCUGCCCGAGCCACCUCUGCGGUGGGUGUCAGGAUCACGCCCACCAGGGAAUCCGCAACUUGCCUGAGCGGCCAGGACUACAUUUCCCAAGAGGCUCUGCUCUAGGAGUCCAGGAAAGGCAAGGCACCGUUGGCCGCGGGGCCUGCUGGGACUUGUAGUUGGGUAGUCUGGGCAUCGCCCUGCACUUCCGCGACCCGCCGCUGGAGGCGCCGUGAGGGAUUGGUGUCUCCCGGACGCCACUGGCCCCAAGGCUGGGGCUUUGCAUGGGGCGCAGGGGAGGCUGAGCUUGGAGUUACACUGUAAUAAAGACUCCUGUGGA